CAAGAUGCGCGGCGCUUGCGGAAGGGCUUGGCGAGGGCUGGAGCUGCUGGGCGCGCAGGCAGCGAGGAGGCAGAGCCGGGCCGGGGCGCGAGCCAUGGCCGGGGCGGCCGACAUGGCGCAGCGGAUGGUCUGGGUGGACUUGGAGAUGACUGGACUGGACAUUGAGAAGGACGAAAUAAUUGAGAUGGCCUGUCUCAUCACAGAUUCAGACUUGAACGUCUUGGCUGAGGGUCCCAACCUGAUCAUAAACCAGCCAGAUGAGCUGCUAGACGGCAUGUCAGAAUGGUGCAAAGAGCAUCAUGGGAAGUCUGGCCUUACGAAGGCCGUGAGAGAGAGCACCAUCUCACUCCGCCAAGCCGAGUAUGAAUUUUUGUCUUUCGUCCGACAGCAGACCCCGCCGGGACUCUGCCCGCUCGCAGGAAACUCGGUUCACGCGGACAAGAAGUUUCUGGACAAGUACAUGCCACAGUUCAUGAAACAUCUCCACUACCGGAUCAUUGAUGUCAGCACCGUCAAAGAGCUGUGCAGGCGCUGGUAUCCAGAAGACUAUGAGUUUGCUCCAAAGAAAGCCGCUUCUCAUAGAGCCCUUGAUGACAUCAGGGAGAGUAUCAAAGAGCUUCAGUUCUACAGAAAUAACAUCUUCAAAAGGAAAGCAGACGAAAAAAAAAGAAAAUUAGUGGAAAAUGGUGAAAACGAGAAGUCCGCCAGUUGAUCGUGCAGGCUCGUUCUAGCAAAAGCACAAAAGCCCCCGGGGUGUGGGUGGGUGUGUGGAGGGGGCGGAGAGGGCGCCUCCUGCCCCUUUCAGUUCACUGUUGGUUAAGGCAGUGGCUCCUUUCUGUUACUUUGCUUCCUCAGAGUUAACUAUGCCUGAAUACCAGACGGGCAUUGAUGGGUUUCCGGUGUUUGGGCUGUGGGCCAGUGCCGUUAAACUUCAACAGCUGUUUGAUUCCAAAGUCCAGUGUUAACUUUUUGUUUGGUUUUAGGCCACCCUCUUUUGUUACAGAAUAAAGAGCCGGUCUGGCUGGAA